AUGCAUGAUGCAUGUCAUUGGAAGCCAGAACGUGUGAGUCACCAAGUACCAAGUUCAAAGGAGUGUGUCUCAACGAAAAGAAAUGUGCUGGUGUUUGCACUGGCGAAAGUUUCACAGGAGGUCAAUGCAGUGGUCUCAAGUGCUACUGCACCAAAACCUGCUAAAUUUGUAAACUGCUUAACGAAAAUGUAA